AUGUCCGCUGCUUCCAAGUCGAUCGAUGCGAUGCUGAAGCCGCUCCUGGUCGGCGGUCGGUGGAUGUCGAACCGCUUCGUUAUGGCUCCGCUGACGCGCUGCCGCGCUGACGACAACCACGUACCCACCGCCGCGAUGGUGAAGCACUACUCAGACCGCGCCUCCAUGGGUCUCAUUCUCACGGAGGCAACGCAGAUUCACAAAGGUUACUCUACCUUUGCGCACGAGGGUGGCAUCUACGGCAAGGAGCAGGUGGACGGCUGGAAGAAGGUGACGGAUGCAGUGCACGAUAAGGGCGGCAUCAUCUUCUGCCAGAUCCACAAUGGUGGCCGCUCCACAGUUCCCUCGAACGUGGACGAGGACGUGCGCAUCGUUGCGCCAUCUGCGGUCGCCAUCACCGGCCACAAGUGCGCCGGUUCCUUCGCGCGGAACGGCAAGACGCAGCCGUACCCUGUGCCGCAUGCGAUGGCUGCGGAGGAGAUCGCGAGCUACGUGAAGCUGUACGCGGCUGCUGCUCGCAACGCGAUCGCGGCCGGGUUCGACGGUGUAGAGGUGCACGGCGCGAACGGGUACCUGGUUGACCAGUUCCUCAAGACAAGUUCGAACCAGCGCACGGAUGAGUACGGCGGCAGCAUCGAGAACCGGUGCCGUUUCCUGUUCGAGGUGUUGGAUGCUGUGAUCGAGGCGGUUGGCCGCGAGCGCGUUGGUCUCCGCAUCUCGCCUCUCAACAGCUUCAACGACCAAAGCGAUGAGAACCCGGAGGCGUUGACGCGGUACAUCUGCUCGCAGCUGAACUGUCGCAGGAUUGCCUUUCUGGACGUGGUGCGCGGUGACUUCUUCAGCCCUGCGCGCGGUGCGGACAAGUGGGCACGCGAAGAGUACGAGGGCGUGUUGUUCACUGGCAUGGGCUUCGAGAUAGAGGAAGCGGCGAACACGGUAGAGAGCGGUGCUGCCGAUGCUGUUGUGUUUGGCACAAAGACGCUUGCAAACCCUGACUUGAUUGCACGGGCGGUCGCUGGCGCGCCGCUGAACAAGCCUGAUUUUGCGACGUUCUACACGACUGGCGAGGCAGGCUACAACGACUAUCCGUUCAUGGAGUGCUCUUCUUGCCUGCCCGCUUCCCCGUCGGGGGCGCAGGAGGCGCCGCCACAGCAAUAG